AUGCCUCUGCCUCAGCCUCUGCCUCAGCCUCUGUCUCAGCCUCAGCCUCAUCUCAGUCUCUGUGUCUGCUUCCGCCUCAGCCUCAUCUCACCUCUGUCUCUGCCUCAGCCUCAACCUCUGUCUCUGCCUCAGCCUCUGUCUCUGCCUCAGCCUCAACCUCUGUCUCUGCCUCAGCCUCUGCCUCAGUCUCAGUCUCAGUCUCUGCCUCUGCCUCACCUCUGCUUCUCUCUCUGCCUCACAUCCCAGUCUCAGUCUCAGUCUCUGCCUCUGCCUCACCUCUGCUUCUCUCUCUGCCUCACAUCCCAGUCUCAGUCUCAGUCUCUGCCUCUGCCUCACCUCUGCUUCUCUCUCUGCCUCACAUCCCAGUCUCAGCCUCAGUCUCUGCCGCUGCCUCACCUCUGCUUCUCUCUCUGCCUCACAUCCCAGUCUCAGUCUCAGUCUCAGCCUCAGCCUCUGCCUCACCUCUGCUUCUCUCUCUGCCUCACAUCCCAGUCUCAGCCUCAGCCUCUGCCUCACCUCUGCUUCUCUCUCUGCCUCACAUCCCAGUCUCAGCCUCAGUCUCAGCCUCUGCCUCACCUCUGCUUCUCUCUCUGCCUCACAUCCCAGUCUCAGCCUCAGUCUCUGCCGCUGCCUCACCUCUGCUUCUCUCUCUGCCUCACAUCCCAGUCUCAGCCUCUGCCUCUGCCUCACCUCUGCUUCUCUCUCUGCCUCACAUCCCAGUCUCAGCCUCAGUCUCUGCCUCUGCCUCACCUCUGCUUCUCUCUCUGCCUCACAUCCCAGUCUCAGUCUCAGUCUCUGCCUCUGCCUCACCUCUGCUUCUCUCUCUGCCUCACAUCCCAGUCUCAGCCUCAGUCUCUGCCGCUGCCUCACCUCUGCUUCUCUCUCUGCCUCACAUCCCAGUCUCAGUCUCAGUCUCAGCCUCAGCCUCUGCCUCACCUCUGCUUCUCUCUCUGCCUCACAUCCCAGUCUCAGCCUCAGCCUCUGCCUCACCUCUGCUUCUCUCUCUGCCUCACAUCCCAGUCUCAGCCUCAGUCUCAGCCUCUGCCUCACCUCUGCUUCUCUCUCUGCCUCACAUCCCAGUCUCAGCCUCAGUCUCUGCCGCUGCCUCACCUCUGCUUCUCUCUCUGCCUCACAUCCCAGUCUCAGCCUCUGCCUCUGCCUCACCUCUGCUUCUCUCUCUGCCUCACAUCCCAGUCUCAGCCUCAGUCUCUGCCUCUGCCUCACCUCUGCUUCUCUCUCUGCCUCACAUCCCAGUCUCAGCCUCAGCCUCUGCCUCACCUCUGCUUCUCUCUCUGCCUCACAUCCCAGUCUCAGCCUCAGUCUCAGCCUCUGCCUCACCUCUGCUUCUCUCUCUGCCUCACAUCCCAGUCUCAGCCUCAGUCUCUGCCGCUGCCUCACCUCUGCUUCUCUCUCUGCCUCACAUCCCAGUCUCAGCCUCUGCCUCUGCCUCACCUCUGCUUCUCUCUCUGCCUCACAUCCCAGUCUCAGCCUCAGUCUCUGCCUCUGCCUCACCUCUGCUUCUCUCUCUGCCUCACAUCCCAGUCUCAGCCUCAGCCUCUGCCUCACCUCUGCUUCUCUCUCUGCCUCACAUCCCAGUCUCAGCCUCAGUCUCAGCCUCUGCCUCACCUCUGCUUCUCUCUCUGCCUCACAUCCCAGUCUCAGCCUCAGUCUCUGCCGCUGCCUCACCUCUGCUUCUCUCUCUGCCUCACAUCCCAGUCUCAGCCUCUGCCUCUGCCUCACCUCUGCUUCUCUCUCUGCCUCACAUCCCAGUCUCAGCCUCAGUCUCAGCCUCUGCCUCACCUCUGCUUCUCUCUCUGCCUCACAUCCCAGUCUCAGUCUCAGUCUCAGCCUCAGCCUCUGCCUCACCUCUGCUUCUCUCUCUGCCUCACAUCCCAGUCUCAGCCUCAGCCUCUGCCUCACCUCUGCUUCUCUCUCUGCCUCACAUCCCAGUCUCAGCCUCAGUCUCUGCCGCUGCCUCACCUCUGCUUCUCUCUCUGCCUCACAUCCCAGUCUCAGCCUCUGCCUCUGCCUCACCUCUGCUUCUCUCUCUGCCUCACAUCCCAUCUCAGCCUCAGUCUCAGCCUCUGCCUCACCCUCUGCUUCUCUCUCUGCCUCACAUCCCAGUCUCAGCCUCAGUCUCUGCCUCUGCCUCACCUCUGCUUCUCUCUCUGCCUCACAUCCCAGUCUCAGCCUCAGCCUCUGCCUCACCUCUGCUUCUCUCUCUGCCUCACAUCCCAGUCUCAGCCUCAGUCUCAGCCUCUGCCUCACCUCUGCUUCUCUCUCUGCCUCACAUCCCAGUCUCAGCCUCAGUCUCUGCCGCUGCCUCACCUCUGCUUCUCUCUCUGCCUCACAUCCCAGUCUCAGCCUCUGCCUCUGCCUCACCUCUGCUUCUCUCUCUGCCUCACAUCCCAGUCUCAGCCUCAGUCUCAGCCUCUGCCUCACCUCUGCUUCUCUCUCUGCCUCACAUCCCAGUCUCAGUCUCAGUCUCAGCCUCAGCCUCUGCCUCACCUCUGCUUCUCUCUCUGCCUCACAUCCCAGUCUCAGCCUCAGCCUCUGCCUCACCUCUGCUUCUCUCUCUGCCUCACAUCCCAGUCUCAGCCUCAGUCUCUGCCGCUGCCUCACCUCUGCUUCUCUCUCUGCCUCACAUCCCAGUCUCAGCCUCUGCCUCUGCCUCACCUCUGCUUCUCUCUCUGCCUCACAUCCCAGUCUCAGCCUCAGUCUCUGCCUCUGCCUCACCUCUGCUUCUCUCUCUGCCUCACAUCCCAGUCUCAGCCUCAGUCUCAGCCUCUGCCUCACCUCUGCUUCUCUCUCUGCCUCACAUCCCAGUCUCAGCCUCAGUCUCUGCCGCUGCCUCACCUCUGCUUCUCUCUCUGCCUCACAUCCCAGUCUCAGCCUCAGUCUCAGCCUCUGCCUCUGCCUCUGCCUCUGCUUCUCUCUCUGCCUCACAUCCCAGUCUCAGCCUCAGUCCUGAAGUGGCUGUUGAGUGCCGCUGCUGUCUGUCUCUGCCCUUUAAUCACACAUGGAUUAGCGUCAGUUUCAUAA